AUUUCAAAGGUGAUCUUAGUGAUAUUCAGCAAUGAGGUAUGUAGCAUUUUUCCUAGGAUGAAUUUGGGAACUUAAUUGUCUGACCUCAUAUGUUAUUUUUUUAGUGAAUUACCUGUGCUUAGGUUUCACUCAAAGGAAGAAUUCCUGGGUUACAGAGGAAAAAGCCAGAGUUGAAAGAGAAUUGGCUUUAUAUUUAGAGAAACAUGGAUUCUAAACACAGUUCUGCCUCUUACUAACUGAAUUUGAGCAAGAAACUUUACUUUGAGCCUCUGUUAACCUCAUCUGUUGAAUGGGGAUAACUACAUUGCAUUAUUAAAUGUUAGUAUGACAAAGGACCCAUCACAGAGAAGAUACUAAAAGUAUCGAUUCCUGUUGUCACCUCAAGACCGCCGGUAUGAUUUCACACCUUGGCAGCCUUGAUGUUGAGACAUUAGUGUAGUCAGUGACUUCCUGCAGGAAACCAGUAUAGAUGAUCCUGAUUGGGAAGUAGAGGUUGGUUGGAAACAGAGCCCAGAGGAUUCUGGGGGCUGUAGUUUUGGCUGGAGAAGGACUCCGUGUGGGAAGUGCAUUUUGCAGUGGGAAAGACUGCCUGUUUUCUGCCUGAGUGUCUGCAGAGUCCAGCUACAUACCUAAACCAUGAAAGAUAUUCAGGUUUGGAUAGGGCAGCCCCUUCUCAGCUCUAGAAGGUAGCCAUGGACGGGAGCGGAUCUGCUCAGGGCAGGCCUUGGUCUGGUCUCAGCUACAGAUCAACAUCAUCAGAAGUUGGGGUGGACCAGAGACCCUUCUGCUGGAGUGUGUGGUCUGGCUUCAUGCAGAGGGCUCUGUACUGUAUCUACACUUGAGCAGGUGCUUCCCCAUGGUAUAGAGAGGGUUUGGCUUGAUCCAAAUUCCCUCUUGUGUCUCCUGACUUGUAUGUGGGGCUUUGGAAAUGGGAACAGAAAGAAGGCAAAACUAGGAUCAUUUUCUCUUAAGUCAUUUUGGGAUUUCUGAGGCACUCCUGGUCUCAGAGCCUCUUGUUCCUUCCCUAGCCCUGGCUUCUUUGGACUCUGCAUCUCCAGUGGAGGAAGCCCCAAGAGGACUGACAAGUUCUUGCAGUUCUAAAACCAUGGCCCAUAUGUCCCUGACAUUCAGGGAUGUGGCCAUACACCUCUCCCAGGACGAGUGGGAAUGCCUGGACCCUGCUCAGAGGGCCUUGUACAGGGACGUGAUGAUGGAGAACUACAGCAACUUGGUCUCACUGGGAUGUUCCAUUCCUAAGCCAGAUGUGAUUACUUUAUUGGAGCAAGAGAAAGAGCCCUGGAUGGUAAUGAGGGAAGGAACAAGAAGUUGGUACACAGAUUUGGAAUCUAAGUGUGUCACCAAGAAGUUAUUUCCAGAAAAAGACAUUUGUGAAAUAUAUUUAUCUCAGUUGCAGACAGAAAAGAAUAAAACCUUCAUCCAUCGGGAUACAGUUUUCAGAAAUGACUUGCAGUAUAAACAUGAAUUUGAGAGACAAGAAGGACAGAUGGGAUGUGUUAGUAAAAUGAUAAUCCAAAAACAUUUAUCUUUUCCUCUCCAUCAGAAAAUUCAUGCUAGAGACAAAUCAUAUGAAUGUAAGGAAUGUAAGAAGGCUUUUAGACAACAGUCAUACCUUAUUCAACAUCUAAGAAUUCAUACUGGUGAGAGACCCUAUAAAUGUAAGGAAUGUGGGAAGGCCUUUUGUCGUGUGGGAGACCUUAGAGUACAUCAGACAAUUCAUGCUGGGGAGAGACCCUAUGGAUGUAAAGAAUGUGGGAAGGCCUUUAGACUUCAUUAUCACCUUACCGAACAUCAGAGAAUACAUUCUGGUAUGAAACCCUAUGACUGUAAGGAAUGUGGCAAGGCCUUUAGUCGUGUUAGAGAUCUUAGAGUACAUCAGACAAUUCAUGCUGGGAAGAGACCCUAUGAAUGUAAAGAAUGUGGGAAGGCCUUUAGACUUCAUUAUCAACUUACUGAACAUCAAAGAAUUCAUACUGGUGAGAGGCCUUAUCAAUGUAAGAUUUGUGGAAAGACCUUUAGGGUUCAACGACAUAUUAGUCAACAUCAGAAAAUUCAUACUGGUGUAAAACCCUAUAAAUGUAAUGAAUGUGGAAAGGCCUUUAGUCAUGGCUCAUACCUUGUUCAACAUCAGAAAAUUCAUACUGGUGAGAAACCCUAUGAAUGUAAAGAAUGUGGUAAAUCCUUCAGUUUUCAUGCAGAACUUAUUCGACAUCAUAGAAUCCAUACCGGUGAGAAACCCUAUGAAUGUAAAGAAUGUGGGAAAGCCUUUCGUCUUCAAACAGAACUUACUCGUCAUCAUCGAAUUCAUACUGGUGAGAAACCCUAUGUAUGUAAGGAAUGUGGAAAAGCCUUUAUUUGUGGCUAUCAACUUACUUUACACCUGAGAACUCAUACCGGUGAGAUUCCCUAUGAAUGUAAGGAAUGUGGGAAAAACUUCAGCAGUCGCUAUCAUCUUACUCAACAUUAUAGAAUUCAUACCGGUGAGAAACCCUAUGGAUGUAAAGAAUGUGGGAAAGCCUUUCGUCUUCAAGCAGAACUUACCCGACAUCACAGAAUUCAUACUUGUGAGAAGCCCUAUGAAUGUAAGGAAUGUGGGAAGGCCUUUAUUCGUAGCAAUCAACUUAUUUCACACCAGCGAAUUCACACCAAUGAGAAUACCUUUGAAUGUAAGGAAUGUGGGAAGAUUUUUAGUCGUCGCUACAAUCUUACUCAACAUUAUAAAAUUCAUACUGGUGAAAAACCCUAUGAAUGUAAAGAAUGUGGAAAGGCCUUUCGCUUUCAAACAGAACUUACACAGCAUCACAGAAUUCAUACUGGUGAAAAACCCUAUAAAUGUCAGGAAUGUGGGAAAGCCUUUAUUCGUAGCAAUCAUCUUAUUCAACAUCACAGAAUCCAUACUGGUGAGAAACCCUAUGAAUGCAAGGAAUGUGGGAAGACCUUUAGUCGUCACUAUCACCUUACUCAACAUCACAGAACCCAUACUGGUGAGAAACCCUACAUAUGUAAUGAAUGUGGGAAUGCUUUUAUCUGUAGUUAUCAACUUACCUUACAUCAAAGAAUUCACACGGGUGAGAUCCCAUAUGAAUGUAAGGAAUGCGGAAAGACCUUUAGUCGUCGGUAUCAUCUUACUCAACAUUUCAGACUGCAUACUGGUGAGAAACCUUAUGGAUGUAAAGAAUGUGGAAAUGCCUUUCGUCUUCAAGCAGAACUUACCCGACAUCACACAAUACAUACUGGUGAGAAACCCUAUAAAUGUAAAGAAUGUGGGAAGGCCUUUAGUGUUAAUUCAGAACUUACUCGUCAUCACAGAAUUCAUACCGGUGAGAAACCCUACAAAUGUAAAGAAUGUGGGAAAGCCUUUAUUCGUAGUGAUCAACUUACUUUACAUCAAAGAAAUCAUAUUAGUGAGGAAACCCUAUGCAUAACGUAAAGAGGAUACAAUGGCCUUUAGAAAUUGCCUUUUAAACAGCAGAGAACUCAUAAUUUAAGAAAUGUUUUACUCGUUAGGUAACAUGGGAAUCCCUCAUUUCAUGAUUAAAACUUAACAGAAAUAGUUUUAUACUAUACGUGUUGAUGUAAAGAGUUGAAAAAUUAUAGCAUCACCCAGUCUUGGUUAAACUUUAGCAAAUUGAUAUCGGUGCAGUAUACCUCGGACCAAGGUGAAGGGCACCCGCCACACACACUGUUGUUCCCCAAAACUUUUAUAAAAUGCAGUAAAGCAGGAUUACCAGAAAAAAAUAAAAUGGAAAGAAAAACAGUCAUACAAAUGAAAGCCCUGAUUUUAUUAUUGCCUUUAACAGACAUAAAUUUAGCUCUGUCAAAUUGUUGAAAAGGUUUCUGAAUGCUUAUUCUCUCUGUCUAUACUCAGCUCAUUACAGACCAGAAGCAAACAUUCUGUGGCCCAGCAUCAGGACAUGGACCACUCUUUAUAUAGCACUGUAACAGAAAAUACUUCUAAAGUGAAAAAAAAGAGGAUACCUUAGGAAGAAUCAGAAAAUGUGUUUGACUUAUUUAAAAAUAUGAGGAAUGAAUUUAUGAAAGGGAUAUAUUGACUUAUUCUAGCUACCUUUGCAAGCCUGCUGGCAUUUAUUUGGGAGAACUGCAGAUCAUAGUUCACUUGCAAAUGUAGUGUGCCUUUCCUAAAAACCUAAAUACGCCUUUGUUUAUUCUCAAAUCGGUAUGACUAUACUUAUGUGACUAUGUCUCUGGUAAAAGAUGGCCCAGACUUUGUGCACUAUCCCAGAGCUAUUUGGAGGCUUCCAAAGAAAACGGAGGGCUUCUCAACAUUUCACUUGAACAGUGGCCACAAGCACAGAAAUAGCUAGUGUGAACUGCAAUAUUUCUGGAUAGCCAAAUACAGAUAUUGUUGAAGCAGAUAAUUUUGAAUGAGACAAAUUGUAUGACUCUAAAUGCUCACAACUUUCGCUAAAGCCACCUAAAUGUUCAUGUUGCUGUUUAUGGUAGUUUUGGGUACAUCAGUUGGAAGAUUCAGUAAAACAUAAAGAAACAAAAUUACUGCUGUUUAAAAUGGAGGAAUAAGCAGUCACCAUGCUCUGGGCUAGAAAAACCCUGUGGGUAAAUAUAGAAAGAGAACCCCACAGACACACCUCAUGAAAUGUCUGACGUCUAAAAGUGUAUCCUGCGUGACAAUUUUUUUAAAUAUGCAUAUCUUUAAAAAAAUAAUUCUGUUAAUGUAAUGAAUGUGGGGAAAGGCUUUAGCGAUAGCAUUAUCUUUACUGUAAUUCUCACAAUUGCACCUCAGCCUGUGUGGUAUUUGGCAAAACACUUCUCUCUGUGCUUCAGUUUUAAUAGUGAUAAUAGUACCUUCCUACUGGUAUUUUUGUGAGGAUGAAAUGUCAAUAAAAAAACCAAAACCUUUAGAAGAGCAUAUGCUCAAUAAAUACUACUGUUAUUUUUAUCAUUAGUAAUACUAUUAGUAAAUUCAUGUGAGAGGAAGACCCUAUGAGUGUAAGGAAUUUGUAAAAGCCUUCCAUUACCUUUCACUCCUUACUUAUAUUGAGAUACUUGUGAAUAAAGUCUAGUAAAAUGAACUUCCAUUUCUCAAAUCAGAACUCGUCUCUGAAAACUGAUAUGAGAAAAACAUCUCUAGAGUUGAUAAGUUUCGUGAAGUUUAUGCAGGUAAAGCUUUUGAAGAAUCAGGGAAAGCUGUAAUGCUUUUUCUUUUCAUAAUUCAAAAAGCAGCCAAAUUACAGUCUGCUUUUUCUGCCCAAAAUUCAUGAUAAAUUAGAAACUAACAACCAAAAGGCUACUGUCCAUUUGGAAAAAAUUUUAAAAUAGUACAGUGAACACUGGUGUGCCCUUUCUAGAUUCAGUGAUUAUUAAUAUAUUGUUAUUUUUGGUUUGCUUCUAUAUCAUUUUUUACAUUUUUGCUAUAUUGUUUGAGUAUAAAUUGUAGACAUCAUGACAUUUCACCUGUCUGUAUAUAAUCAUGCAACUCCUAAGAAUAAAAGCUGCCUCCUACUUAUAUAACUUCACACCUAAGGAAAUUAGUAAGUCCAUAAUCUCUAAUAUUACAAAUAGAUAUCAGUGCCUUAACCCAAUAUAUCUGAAAGAAUGUCUCUGGGAACAUAGUAUUUAAUGGUACUUGAAAAAUGUUCUGUGAUCACACAAGCUUAUGAAGCUUUGAACACUAAAUCCUUUCUAAGGAAAAAAAGUGCUUAUUGUCAGACUAUCAGAAGAUUGAGUCCUACACUAACAAUACUUUGCAUAACUUUGUUUAUCUCAAUGUAUCUUAAAAUUUACUAAGGAAGUCCCAUUCACAAUACCUAAUAUCUUUGGGAUGUGAACCCACACUGGAAAUGCUGCCAUAACCAAAAAUGAUUGACCCUAAGGAUGGACUGUUUAGUUAGUUAAAAUGGCAAUGCUUAGCUAUGUUGAGAAAAGAAAUGCAUGGUGUAUUUCUCUGCUGCUCGCAUCUUCCUCUGCAAUCAAUUGCUUGCCUUCUGAAUUUUUCUACAAAAUUAAAACCCCAUUUGGCCCCCCCCCUUUUUAAAAAAUUUCUUUGUAUGUUAUCUUUUGGUGACAUAUUUUCUUUUCUAACAUUAUUAGU